AUGAACAGUAACACAUCCGUGAAUAAUAUUUACAAAAGAGCAAAAGGUUAUCUACCUACCAUAGAACAAGUAUACGCAGGUACCAAUCAUGACGUCCCAGAGGCAAACCUCUUAGGGGAACUAUUACAAUUAUUAGCGGAACUACCGCCUAACUUCCAUUUGUUUUGUGACCCAAUUCUUGAACCAAUCUCUAUAUUUUGUUUAACAAUCUUUUCAUUCAAUGAACAAGAUACUGUUACUUGGUUGAAAAAUAAAUUUAAUCCAAUCUUAUGCCAAUGUGAUAAAUGUAUCCUAAGUUUUGCUCGUGGGAAAUGUAAAAUGUUACAACAUUUCGCUGUUCAAAGACAGGUGCCUCAUGAACAUGUAUCCAAAUUUAAUGACAUAGUAUGUCAAUGGAGAAUUGAAGCUCUUUUCCCAACAUUGAGGAAAAUAUCAAAUGGUACUAAUACUGGCAUUUCCAUAACGAGAGAUAUCGAAUUGGCAAUCUUUGAAUGUUUAGCAAAUCCGCACGUACUAAGACUUAACCCAAAUUUUAAAGCUACAUUCGAUGUCAUCUUUAAAUUUUUCUAUUUGUCUAAACAUUAUCUUUUGGAUUCAAAUAAUCCAAAUUGUAUAAAAGAUUUUUUGGCUGGGACUAUUUAUUGUUGGUGUGAAGGAACUAAAGAACAAAUGUCUUGGUCUAAAACUUUUCUGAUACAGAAGCAUACUAAAAAGAGUACUUAUGAUGUCAAGACACUGACGAGUGACGUCUUGGAAGAAAUCAAUAUCCAUCUUUUGUUUCUUCAGAAUCCUGUGAAUUGGAAUGAAUUAGUCAUUGCUCAAUUUUGGUCAAGAUUAAUUCCAAUAUUUACAUUGCUAGAAAAAGAUGUAUUUGUGGAAUAUUUUGAAGUCCCGAAGAAUAUCGAAUCUUUGAAGAAAUCAUUUAAGUUCCCAAUCGAGUCCAUUUUCAGAUUAUGGUACAGUCAUUUGAGCAAGUCAUAUAACGAUAAACCAUUAGAUUUCCUUUUAAGAGCUUUGAAUAUGUUCCUUGAAAAGUUCGGUACUGAGUUUUGGUCCAAAAUAGAACCAUAUACGUUCCACAGCAUCUUAGAUAUAGUCUUCGAUCGUGAUACUUUUGCCCUGAAAUUGAUUAGAAUUCAAAAUAAUGAAAUAUCAGAAAAUGAUACCAGUAGCCUCUUUGACUUGUCAGGAUCUGUUACUGAUUUAUUAUCAUGGACAUUACAAUUUUAUCACGCGUUAUCCCCAUCGAAAAGAAUACAGAUGGUCAAAAAAGUAUCUAUGGCAUUCUUAAGAAUCAUUGCCAAAUACGACAAUUUAAAAGCGGUCCCCAAAGCCUGUCUCAUGAACUCAUCAACGGCAUUAUUACGUGCCGUAUUAUUUAUCAAAGAAGAGGAAAGAGCUAUGCUUUAUGUGCAGGAAAAUUUCGAAACAAUUUUAUAUACUAAAACCGAUUCAAGAGCCUUAUUAAACAAUCCUUUAAUUCAGGAUAUCAUUAUAAGAUCCGCAACAAACCCCAAUGUCUUUUACCCUGGUUUAGGUGAAUCAGCUAUGUCUGUUUCCACGUCUACAAUGAUGGUGCUAGCCGAAUGUAUUAAUUUUGAUAUCCUAUUAUUAUGUGAACGUACUUUUAAAUUAUACUCUGGUAAAGAAACUGGUAAUUUGCCACUGACGCUUACGCUUUUGGAACAUUUAACCAAUCAGGUUGAUCUCCGUUCAUUUCAUGAUGGUCCACUCUUGGCAAAACAGUUGCUAAUUGCAUUGAAAAAUAUUAACGGUUUGUUAUUGGUACCUUUGAAAACACCAGUCGCUGAAAAACAUAAUGAAACUGUAAAAAUGUUUUUAAAUCUUUCAACUAAUCUGAUUGAAAAAUUUACCGAUAUAUUACCAAAUCAAUUGUCUGCUAUCUUAAGUGAUCAGGAUGCAGUACAAGGGUUUUGGGCAUGCAUUUUCUCCUCCAAUACCCAACUUUAUCAGGCUACAACGAAUAUAUUAUAUGAAACAUUCGAUGUUCAAGGUAGACUAGAAGGUAUUCAAUCUAUACUGACAAAAAACCUAACAUAUCAUGUUAGAGCGAUUAACGUAGUUCUAAAUCAAUUAAUUAAGUGUGAGUUUUAUGAACCAUGUCCCAGAGCUAUCCGUGUCUUGAUGGAUAUCCUUAGCGCAUUUACAGAUCCUAUCAACGGCACAUUUACAAAUUAUCAAUCUUUAAAAAGUAAUGACACAGAUUCAGAAGUCACAAAGUUCUGGUCCCUGAGUUGGUCCUUCUUAGAUACAAUAUACCGUUGUACUUUGAAAUGGGCGUCGAAAUAUGAGUAUUCCGUCUUAGAAAACUUCACCAAAGAUACUUUGGAAUUGAGUAAAUCUUUCGUUGAUUCAUACAGAGAAUUCUCUGAUGCACUACGACAUACAAAUGUAGACCUUUUCCAAAAUGUGAUGAAAACUUUCGUCAAUAUGCUUUAUUGGUUAAGAUUAAGUGAUGAAGCUCUACUAGAAUCUUGUGUUCGUUUAAUUAUGAGUGCUUCUAGUAUUGCACAUGAAAGAAAUAUAAAGGUCGAUGACAACCUAGUGGAAAUGAUAGCAAAAUAUGGUUCAAAAUCCAAAAAAUUCUCCAAUAAACUCUCUGACCAACAAAGUCUUGAAAUUCUCAACAUGGCGAAGUCCUUCAAUAAAGAUGUUACAAAUAGAAUCAUUGAAGAAGCAGAUAGAUAUCAUAAGGAAAAGAAAAAUGCACAUAUUCAAAGGAUAGAUCUCACAGAAAGCGAAUCUCCAAGCUCCUCUCCUAGCCUACCUACUAAAAGUCCUAUAGAAUCUAAAGUCGAUUUCUUGCAAAGAAAGGCACUUGCUUCUUCUAUUACUGGCAAACCAAAGCAAUCUAAAAUCACGAACUUCGGUACAUUCCAACAGCCUUCUUCUGUAAAAUUACAUAAUACCAAACCAAUUAAGCCACUUUCUAAUAUGGAACUUGCGAGAAGGCAAUUAUUGAAAAAUAGAGUGGUUCAUCCCCCAAGUACAUCUGUCUUCCACACGAAAAGUUCAUAUGAACCCAAAAAGCAUGAUGACAGCAGCAGUGACGAAAGUGGUGAUGAUAUAGAAUCCGCAAGGGAAUUAUUUGCUAUUGCAAAGGGUAAACGCACAGAAAUUCAAUCUGUAGAUAUGAAGGGGAAAUUGAUUAAAAAGGAAAGCAAGGCUGAAAUUGCAAGACGUGAGGAAGAAUCUAUGAGAAGAAGAUUAAACAUUGAUCUUGGUCCUUUAUAUGAUACGGUCCUACAAUGGGACUAUACAAGGAGAAACGAAUAUCCGGAUGAUGCUGGUAUUGAAACAUAUGCUGACGUUAAGGAUCAAUUUGAAAACACAACCGACUAUCAGAAAAUUAUGAGACCGUUAUUGUUAUUAGAAUCAUGGCAAGGCCUCUGUUCUGCUCGUGAUCGAGAAGAAAAUCGUGGUUUCACUAUUUUAAUUGGGAAUAGAACUGCUGUUUCUGAUUUUUAUGAAGUCUAUGCUUCAAUUUCAAAGAAUGCCUUUCAAGAAGUAGGUGUAUCUGAAACUGAUUUAAUUGUAUUAGCUUAUCUUCCUGACAUGAGACCUAAUUCUCGCUUGACAAAUGACGAUUUUAAAAAUGCAGAAAAUACUUGUCUGGCAAAAGUAAAAUCGAUAAAGUACGUAAAGGGUGGGAAUGUAGAUCUUUCUUUGAGAAUUCAUCGUAAUCAUAAAUUUGCAAAAUUCUUGACUAUCAGAUCUGAAAUUCAGGCUGUAAAAGUUAUGCAAAUGACAACUGUCGAAAGAGAAUAUCAAACAUUAGAAGGUUUAGAAUACUAUGAUCUUGUCAAUCAAAUUCUUCUAGCGGUACCUACGCCGUCUGUUACUGUAUCUCCUGAAGAAAUCAAAGACGUGAAAGAAAAAUACAACUUAAAUACAUCACAAGCAGAGGCAAUUGUUCAUACAGUUUCAAAUGAGGGGUUUUCUUUGAUUCAAGGCCCACCUGGUACCGGUAAAACAAAAACAAUUCUAGGUAUUGUUGGCUACUUCCUAUCGACCAGAAAGAUAUUGAGUAGCAAUAUCAUAAAAACUCCUACAGAUGGUUCAAAGCUCUCUAUUGAUCAAUUAUUAAAGAAGCAAAAGGUACUUAUCUGUGCACCAAGUAAUGCCGCUGUAGAUGAAAUCUGUAUUAGAUUAAAAGAAGGUGUCUACGACAAGAAUGGUAGGCUUUUUAAACCUAACCUGGUUCGUAUUGGUAGAUCUGAUGUAGUUAAUGUCGCGAUUAAGAAUUUAACCUUAGAGGAGCUUGUCGACAGAAAAGUUGCCGAAAAGAAUUAUGAAUUUACUAUGGAUCCAGAUUUAGAACGUAAUUUCAGUUCGUCGGUAUCUAAGAGAAGAGAGUUGAGGGCUCAGCUGAAUAACGCUGAAACUGCUACUACGAGUACACUUUCGACUGAAGAAAUUGCAAAGUUACAACUAGAAAUUAGAGAAUUAAGUAAAGUGAUUAACGAUUUAGGUAAGAAAAAAGAUGAACUCCGUGAGAGGAAUUCAGUUAACCACAGAAAUAGGGAUCUGGAUAGAAGGAAUGCUCAAGCUCAAAUUUUAGCGAACAGCGAGGUUAUCUGUUCUACUUUGUCGGGGGCAGCUCAUGAUGUGUUAGCUACGCUUGGUAUCAAAUUUGAUACUGUCAUUGUUGAUGAAGCAUGUCAAUGUACGGAGUUGUCCUCGAUCAUCCCAUUAAGAUAUGGUGGUAAGCGUUGUAUAAUGGUUGGUGAUCCAAACCAAUUACCACCAACAGUUCUUUCAGGCGCCGCUAGUAAUUUUAAGUACAAUCAAUCGUUAUUUGUGAGAAUGGAAAAGAAUAGUUCUCCUUAUCUAUUGAAUGUCCAAUACCGUAUGCAUCCUGAUAUCAGUAAGUUUCCAUCAGAAGAAUUUUAUCAAGGUAAACUGAAAGAUGGGCCCUCUAUGGACAUUAUUAAUAGAAGACCAUGGCAUCAAAUGGUUCCUUUUGCGCCUUACAAAUUCUUUGACAUUUCCACCGGUAAGCAGCAGCAAAAUAGUAAAACAAUGUCCUAUGUUAAUCUGGAAGAAAUCCAGGUAGCCAUAGAAUUAGUUGAUAAAUUAUUUAACGAAUUUGAUGCCAAGAUAGAUUUUACCGGUAAAAUUGGUGUUAUUUCUCCUUAUAGAGAGCAAAUGCAAAGGAUGAGAAGGGAGUUUACGAGGUAUUUUGGAGGUAGUAUUAGUAAAUCCAUUGAUUUCAAUACUAUCGAUGGGUUUCAAGGGCAAGAAAAAGAAAUCAUUUUGAUUUCAUGUGUUCGUGCCGAUGAUACGAAGACUAGUGUUGGUUUCUUGAAGGAUUUUCGUCGUAUGAAUGUGGCAUUCACCAGAGCCAAAACUAGUAUGUGGAUACUAGGUCAUCAACAAUCACUGCUGAAAAAUAAACUUUGGAAACACUUAAUUAACGAUGCACGAUCAAGGGAUUGUUUAGUAGUAGCAAAACCAGGGUUCCUCAAUGGGAAGACUUUGUCCAAUAGUAGAUUAGCCGAGCUGAAGGAAAUACCUCAAAUGGAUGGCUAUGAUCCUCAUAAAUCAGAAAUUUCUAGCGUAAAAAUUCCAUUGAAGAGAAAAGAUCUGGACGAAGAGCCACUCUCCAAAAAUGUUAAGAAAGCCAAGAAGGAAAAGAGGGACAAAACAGUUUCAGAAGAUAAACAGAAAAAGCAAAAUAAAACUGAAAGAGAAGAUAGGAAGCAAAAGAAAGAUAAAAAGGAUAGAAAAGACAAGAUUGAUAUUAGUAAGAAAAAAAAUGACUCUUUAUCAGUACUAUCUGCAGGAACGAAGAAGAAAUCGUCUAUUUUUGGCGGUCCGUCUUUAUCAACAGAUGUACCCUCAACAAAGGGGUCUGUCUCCAUUGAUGAAAAAUCUAAGAAGAAGAGAAGGAAAAAGAAAAAUUGUCAUGUCUCAUUCUCAGAUGAUAUAACCUUUAUUCCAGAGAAGAUCGGUAACAACUCUACUGUUCCGUUGACCAAACACGUUUCUUUAGAUAGUACGCAACCGCAUCUACCGAAGAGAUCACCUCCUCCAUCGCCAGCAAGGACAGAUGAUGCUAAUGAUGAUUAUAUACCAUCAGAGGUUGAGAAAGUCGUUGUUACAGACGCUAAGCCUACUGAAACAGAAAGGCCUAAAAUUAAGAAACAAAUUGAAUUGAGUAAAUACAAUAGUAAGAACGCCCAUUCAUCCACUACUGAGGUUCCAAAAGAACGCCCGACAGCACCUUCUGCGCAAUUACCAAGUAGAUAUGAAAGCCAAUAUCAAUCUGACCCACUAGCAAAGUCUUCUAAUACAUAUAGUCCACCAACGUCAGGGCAAGGUCCUACAUAUCCGCAGCCAACAUACAAUCAACAGGAAGAACUGUUUGAUCCAUACCAGCCAUUACAAGGGCAACAUGGUUUGUCUGGUCCUUCCAACUGUGGUUUGCCACAAGGUUCAGCACAACAUAUUCCACAAGGCUCAAACCCACCAUAUAUUGGAGCUGCAUCAACAAACACAUAUCCAGCUCCAAUACCUCCACCUCCUCAAGCCUUUCCUCCAACUCGUUAUGUUUCUGACCAGCCAUUAAGAUUUGGAGCAGAAUCAGGAUCCAAUGGAGGAGAGCCUGCACAAUCGAAUGGUCCACGAUCAAAUAGAAGACAAGCAAGGGCCAGCCCAUUUAUUCCCAAGAAAAGAAAACCCCAUAGACCAUAG